GAUUUAACUCGACUUGGAUGAAGGCAGUACGGAGAGUCCUCUCUACUAGACAAGAGUGAACUCUCCAAACGCUACCGCGGCUACAUGACAUUUCAAUUCAAUGACCAUUGACCAGGAUCUAAAAUAUCACAGAGAAAAACUAACUAAGAUCAGAUAUCCCCCGUUCCCUUUCUAGAUCAUGACCAGAUUGAAAUUCCACAAAACUCCUAUCUUUCCCAACCAUUCGAGAUUCUUCCAUCGCUCUUCUGGUUUCGUUGAUUUUACUUGGUUCAUCGACUUGUUCUCUCCUAUUGCUUGGCUUCUAUCGCAUCAUCCUCCAUUUCACUCUGCCUCAAAUUCCCAACCUAAUUUGUUGCCAUCCUACAACGAACAAGAACUCGGCGCCGCUUUCAUCAUCUCGCAUUUGGCAUUACAGUUUGAACAAGACCCCCAACCUCAAAGAUCCUAUCAUUUGCAUACGGCCGGACUGGAAAAGUUGCAUUCGUCUCGUAUUUUGCUUUGAAAACGCCAAGAUCACUUCACUGUUGUUUCUUGGCCGCUUGGAUAAUUACUUGGCAAUAUCAUCGGUCUCGGAAGUGAGGCACACGAGCAUAUUCCUAGCUUAUUAUAUCGACAAGCUUCCCCGUUAUAUCCACCAAGGUACUGCACAGUACAUACAGUGCUUCUAUUUAAUUCUUGAACAAUUUUACUCCGUUAGCGUGGUCCAUUGGAUUAAUUGGAAAGUUUACCAUUCUUUCCUGCUGGAAGACUUUGUUCAUAUUGCGAGUUUGGUGAAGAAUUAGGACUUCACACAGCAGAAUACAAGGAAUUCGUCAAAAUAUAUAAAAAUGCGCCCUCCACGUUUUCUAGGCGCCGUCGCGACAACAUUAAUUCUCCUUGCCUCAUUCGCACACGCCUCGCCGCGACCCAAUGAAGAACCGGCAGAAUCGAUAGAAGGAAGAGAUUCCAAUGAAGGCCAAACCGAACAACAUGAUACGAAAUAUUUUCACGAGCCAGGAGGAGAUGAUUCAUUAGGACAUUACGACAUACGAUACUUUCAAGGAAACCCGGUUACCUAUGAAGAAAAACAAGAUUCCCUUCGAUUUCUGAUCAAAUCCUAUUUAACCACUUUCCGCGAGCGCAAUAUCGAGACGUGGAUUGCGCAUGGAACGUUACUGGGCUGGUGGUGGAACGGCAAGAUUAUGCCAUGGGAUUGGGAUUUGGAUACGCAGGUUUCGGCUGCGACUUUGGCCUGGUUGGGUGAAAAUAUGAAUAUGACGACGCAUAACUAUACCGGACGAGGCGAGGAUGGAUCUACCAUCACUCGAGAAUAUCUUCUCGAUAUCAAUCCGAAUCAUGUUGAGAGAGUGAGAGGAGAUGGUAUGAAUGUUAUUGAUGCGCGUUGGAUCGAUGUGAGGAAUGGGCUAUUUAUUGAUAUUACGGGACUUGCGGAAGUAAGUCCUAGUACGCAGCCGGGAAUCUGGAGCUGUAAGAAUUAUCAUCGUUAUAGGACGAGAGAUAUUUAUCCAUUGAGGGAGACGGAGUUUGAGGGUGUACCGGCAUUGGUACCGUAUAGUUUUGAUAGGGUGCUCACGGAUGAGUAUAGUCCGAGGGCGUUGACGAAAACUUUACAUGAGGGGUAUGUUUCUUCUUUUUAUUUAUCAAUUCACUUAUAUUUUCCCCCUUUUGCUUUCAUCCUAUCUUCCCCUAUUCAUUACCAAGAUUAAAAUAAAUAUAAACUAACAUCCUCACAGCCAUAGAUGGAACCCCGAACAAAAAGAAUGGAUUCCCGAAACUCCUAUGGGUAUCCACGAUAAACGUCAAGAAACCCAAGAUCAAUCUCAAUCUCAAUCUCAAUCUCAAUCUCAAGCACAAGCACAAGCUCAUCCACACAUGCCCCGAAGUAUCCAAUCAGACGGUAACCAAAAAGCCGGAUUAAGAAAUCUCUUGAACGUAUUAUGAUUCUUAGCUAAGAACUCUAUUCGUGAGAAUCGAUUAAAGAUAUCUGGAAACCCGCAAGAAAGAGGAAAUUAAAAAUGGGAAUUCGCUGAAGAUGCAGAAGGAUCGCGGAGUAUGGAGUAUGGAGUAUGGAGAGCAUUGUAGAUGUGGAAAUGAUACCCUUGAACAUACAGCAUGAAGCGAACAAGCGAGCGAGCCGGCCAGUACGAUGGCAUUUAUUUGCUUUGGCCUUGGCUUUUGGCUUUGGAAUUUUCGAAAUUUAAUUCCUUUCCUUUCUUAUGUGUACGUGUAUGUGCGAAUUGAAUUGCAAGCAUGGCACUCACUUAAUAGACGUGUCUGUUUUUAGAUUCGUCGUUUCUUUUUAGUGGAGAGGGGUUUGGGUUGGGUUGAUUGUAUAUGUUGUAUUGUAUCUGGAUGGUUGGAGAGGGGAGGAGGG